UGCGGAUAAAGUAUCUUGACUUGCAAGUCGCAUCCAAAGUCAAGACUAGAUGCUUUGCUUUCAUCUCCUUUCUUUUCUCACGCUUUGUUUGUAAACUUCUCCUCUUUGUUUCUCAAAGAAGAAGGAAGCAUCAAACAGCUAGCAAUCAUGAUUGAGUUCGCGCUGGCAGCUUUGGGAUGGCUCGCGCAGAGCAUCAUUGGUGCCUUGGUCGGGAAGGCCGCCGAUCGCGCUGUUCAACAGUUCGGUGAGCAGCAUGGAGUUGAAGAAGACCUCGAGAAGCUGAAGGAUUCUCUCGCCAGCGCCAUGUUGAAAAUCAAUGACAUCGAGAACUUGUGGCUAAAAGAUGAUGAGAGCCGUCAGCAGAGAGUGAAGGAGUUGCUGAUACGCCUCAAGGAUGCUGCUUACGAUGCUGAUGACUUAUUGGAUGAAUUCCAAUACAGAAUUCUGAAGCAGCAGAUCGAGCAACGAGGAGAUGAGGCUGGUAACCGAGCAUCGUCUUCCUCCUACUCCACUCCCCCUCCGAGCAAAAAGAUAAAAACUUCAUUAUCUAGUUACACCAGUGGCCUUUUCGGAAAAGGGGAUGAUGAUGAUAAUAAUAAUGAUGUGCAGAGAAUGAGGGAAAUAAAGGGGAGGCUAGAUGACAACUCAGUUGCUCUUGAGAAAAUUUACAGUUCUCCGGGGGCAGAAGAUGAUAGAGGAAAGAAACAAUUGGUGUCCUCGUCGAGUCGGCAAACGAGCUCCCUUUCGACCGAACGUCAAUUGUUUGGGAGACGCAAUGACCUGCAAGAACUCAAGGCUAAGUUGUUGGAAUCAGAAGUUGCAUCUGAAUUUGGCCAAAGUGGAUGCUCUGUUUUGUCUAUUGUGGGUAUUGGAGGGAUUGGGAAGACCGCUCUGGCUCAGGAAGUCUUCAAUGACAGUGAGGUGAAAGAAUACUUUAAGCUCAGAAUUUGGGUCUGUGUUUCUGAAAAUUUCUGUACAGAUAGGUUGACCAGAGAGAUUUUAGAGUAUGUAACCAUGGUGAAGUGUGAUCUCACUAAUUUCGCUGUUCUUCAAGAGGUUCUCAAGGAGAAGAUCACGCCAGAGAGGUUUCUUCUUGUAUUAGACGAUGUGUGGAACGAGGACAGGCACAAAUGGGAGAGCUUCUGUGCACCAUUGAGGUCUGGAAAGCCUGGUAGCAAGAUAUUGGUAACAACUCGCUCUAGGAAGAUUGCUAACAUGGUUGGUGAUGUGGAUCCCAUUUGUCUAGAAGGUCUGGAUGAGGAAAGCUUCUGGGAAUUUUUCAAGAAAUGUGCAUUUGGUUCUUCAAAUAGCGGAGCUCAUCAUCCUCAUUUGGAAGCCUUGGCGAAGAAGAUGACUUGCAAGUUAAAGGGAUUGCCGCUUGCAGCAAAGACUCUAGGAGGGUUGUUGAGCAUGAAGUUGGAUGAGCAAUACUGGAAAAGCAUUUUAGAUAGUGAAAUGUGGCAGCUACCUCAGCAAGAAAAUGAUAUUAUGCCGGUGCUACAACUGAGCUAUCAGUACCUUCCACCUCAUCUCAAGCAAUGCUUUGUAUUUUGCUCCUUGUUUCCUAAAGAUUAUAGAUUUUCAGAAUCAGAGUUGAUCGUGAUUUGGAUAGCAGAGGGAAUCAUAGUGCCUAAAGGAAGUAUCAGAAUGGAGGAGUUAGGAAGCUACUACUUUCAUGAGUUAGUUAACAGGUCAUUCUUUCAAAAGUCACAAGAUAUAGAGUUUAUAAUGCAUGACCUCAUACAUGAUCUUGCAAAACUCAUAUCUAAGGACGAGUUUUAUAGGACUGAAAAAGACAUACUCUCUGAAAUUCCUAGCACAAUUCGUCAUCUUUCAAUGCACGGAAUGGAAGAAGGUAUGCAGAUAAGACGUUUAACAGAAUUCUCUCAUUACAAUAAAUUACGAACACUAAGGUUGUCAGGACCAUACAUUUGCAAGAGUUUUAUUCUUGAUUGUGGUGUUUUGCAAAAAAUAAAAAAGAUUCGUGUUCUUGUCUUGAAUAAUUGUGCUUUGGAAGAGUUGCCCGAUAGUAUUGGCAAGUUGAUAUAUCUCCGCUCUCUCAACUUAUCAUACAAUUACAUGAUUCGAAAGUUGCCUGAGUCAUUAUGCGACUUGUACAAUCUGCAGUCACUGAUAUUAAAUCAUUGUGGUUUGGAAGAGUUGCCUAACAAUAUUGGCAAUUUGAUACAGCUCCGCUAUCUUGACUUAUCCUGCAAUAGCAACAUUAGAAGAUUGCCCAAGUCAUUAUAUGACUUGUAUAAUCUGCAGACAUUGAUAUUCUCCCGCACGGCAUGAUGCAAUUGAUCAUCUUGAAAAAAAUUGAUAGAGCAAAUGAGUAUUCCUGAGAUAAUAGAGGUCGGGAAAUUUACUUUUCUUUAGAAUUUGUCUGCUGGAGGCUGAAAGGCAAUCAAAGAGCUGGCACUAAGGGGGCUGUUGGGGUUGCUGCUGAGAAGGAGAUGAAAGCCAGUGGAGGAAUCAAGAACGUUGCAACUCAAGUCGUGGGGAGGGAGAUAUGAAACAGGAAUUGUCAUAUUGCAAGGCAUCUUUUCAUCCAGAUUUUAUUUCCACUUCCAGAACUGUCUACGAUAAUAUACGAUGGACUGGUAGUGUUGUGUUCUUCAGCCAUCGUCGUAUGUAUCUUCAGCUACAAUCAAUAUGUCUGGUCUGCCAUAGUUUAAUCAGUCAAGCAAAUCAAAAUGUAGCAACUUGAUAUAUUUUAUCUCAGUUUCAGUUUUAUCAUACCACA